CCCAGAUUACAAGACCUCCGCCCCCCCUUGCUCUCCCUUCACACUCCCUCGCUUACAUUAGUACAUUUGCGCAAAGCACCACGUUUCUCAGUGUCUUGUUCUGUCUAACCUGGUAACACCCACCCCUAACUUGCCCCUGACAGUCCCUGUUUCUAUAUCCCUUUGGCCCUCACUUGUGUAAUAGUACUGGAUUACAAAAAUCCGUGGCUGCAGAAGCAAGGCGGCUUGUGGAAGGCUUCGAACAGAAUGGUGAGGUGGUUCCACCCUAACAUCACCGGAAUCGAAGCAGAGCAGCUCCUGUUGACCCGGGGUGUCCACGGCAGUUUCCUGGCCCGGCCCAGCAAGAGCAAUCCAAGGGAUUUCACCCUUUCUGUCAGGCGCAACGAUGAGGUGACGCACAUCAAGAUCCAGAACUCGGGCGACUACUACGACCUGUACGGGGGCGAGAAGUUUGCCACAUUAGCCGAGCUGGUGCAGUACUACACAGAACAACAGGACCUGCUGCGUGAGAGGAAUGGUCAUGUCAUCGAGCUCAAGUACCCGCUCAACUGCAAAGACCCCACGUCUGAGAGAUGGUACCACGGGCACUUGUCAGGCCGGGACGCUGAGAAGCUACUCACAGAAAAAGGCAAGGUUGGCAGCUUCCUGGUGCGGGAGAGCCAGAGCAAACCAGGCGACUUUGUCCUUUCGGUUCUCACUCACGAGGAGAAGCACGACAACGUGGAACGCAAGACCAAGGUCACCCACGUGAUGAUCCGCUAUCAGGAUGGUAAAUACGACGUGGGUGGUGGCGAAAGGUUUGACACCCUGGCUGACAUGGUGGAUCACUACAAGAAGAAUCCUAUGGUGGAGAAGAGUGGCAUUGUAGUGCACCUCAAACAGCCUUUUAACGCCACAAGGAUAAACGCGGCCAACAUUGAGAAUCGAGUACGAGAGCUCAACAAAGUAGCAGACGACUCUGAGAAGCCCAAGCAAGGAUUUUGGGAAGAAUUUGAGGUACUUCAGCAACAGGAGUGCAAGCUGCUGUAUCCCCGGAAGGAAGGCAUGAAACCAGAAAACAAGAGCAAAAACAGAUACAAGAAUAUCCUCCCAUUUGACACCACUCGAGUUGAAAUCAGAGACAUGGAUCCCGAAGUUCCUGGUUCAGACUACAUUAACGCUAACUAUAUUAGAGUGACUGGAAAGCAUGAGGGCUCGCAUGAAGAGGGGAGCCAUGUGGAAGAGAGCAAAGUCUUCAUCGCCACCCAAGGAUGCCUUCAGAACACUGUGAACGACUUCUGGAAGAUGGUGCAUCAGGAAAACACGCACGUCAUUGUCAUGACCACAAAGGAGAUGGAGAGAGGACGGAGCAAAUGUGUGCGUUACUGGCCCAAGCUGCACGCCACAAUGGAGUUUGGGAGGCUACAGGUGAGGAACUUGGAGGAGCGGACGGCGCAGGACUACAUCCUGAGGAAGCUGGAGGUGACCCGUCUGGAUCGGAGGGAACCUCUGAGGUACAUUUGGCACUACCAGUACCUGAGCUGGCCAGAUCACGGUGUUCCCAACGAGCCAGGGGGAGUGCUCUGGUUUCUGGAGGAGAUCAAUCGGACCCAGGGAACUGUUCCAGAAUCUGGACCCAUUGUCGUCCACUGCAGUGCAGGCAUCGGGAGGACAGGCACCAUUAUCGUCAUUGACAUCCUCAUCGAUGUUAUUAACCGCCAAGGACUAGACUGCGACAUUGACAUCCCAAAGACCAUUCAGAAGGUACGGCAGCAGAGGUCUGGUAUGGUGCAGACUGAGGCCCAGUACAAGUUCAUCUACAUGGCUGUGCAGCAGUACAUAGACACAGCCCAGAAGAGACUGGAGGAGGAGCAGAAGAGUAAAGUGAAGGAGAGAGAGUACUCCAACAUCAAAUAUCCUCCGAUGGCCAACUCCAGGUCCAAGCUCAACAUGGCGUCCUCACGCUCUUCAUCUGUCAUGACAAAUGAUGAUUCAUCAGGCGUAUACGAGAACAUCAACUUUAAAAGCCCUCAGACAUCAUUCAGCAGCAACACCAGGAGGUAAAAGCAGUGCUGCGAGGCCCCCACCUGUUAUCUGCCAGCUUAUCUCGGGGAGGCAUCUCUUCAUCUGCAGCCGACAAUCCCUCCUUCCAGUGCAGGCUGAACGGGAUCACGGUUCUCUGCCUGAAACCCGCCAGGGUGCACCUUGCCUGGAUGAGCGCAGCCAGCAGAUCUUCUCCAGCUUGGACCUCUAUUUCAGGAGCUAAUCCUAAGGAGGACUGAGCAAUCCGCCACCACCUCGCCCUCUUACCUACGGCUCUGCUGCUGCCCCUUCUCUUAAUCAGUGAAAGUGCCUUGUUGUCUGUCAUCAAGCUGUUACAUCUCUGCGCUUAUGAGUUGAGUGUGGUGGAUGUUCAACCAGGGUCCAUGUCACCACAAGGAUGCAGGAUUGGAGACGAGGAGGUCAAAGCAAGGUCGCAUGACAAGACAUCCCAAUGUAAGGUUGUAUUCUAUCCACAAAAAUAUCUUUUGCAAAAAGACAAGAAAAUGGACACCACAUCUGAAUAUGACAUUUUUUUAAACGAAUUCUAUUGUUCUUCUGUUUCUUUUUAGAAUUAUUUUCCCAGUCAGGCACAUUGAAUUUGUUGCGUUCACAUUUACAGUAAGCAAAAUAGGUUACCUGACCGGUAUAUGAAAAUGGAUGAAGUUGUAAUUUAUGAGAGUAAAGUUGUAAUAUUUCUAGAAUAAAGUCCUAAUUUGUCAAGAAAAAUCACAUAAUUUUGGAAGAAAUCAUAAUACAGUAUAUAUUAUACAAUGUAAUUUUAUGGGGAAUUGAAAUUAGUUUUUUCCCUUGUAAUAUAACUUAUUAUAACUAAUAUAACUAAUAAAACAAGGGAAAAAACUAAUUUAACUUGGGUAAAGUGCUAAUUAUACCAAAAAAAUAUAAAAAUUUCCUGUUUUAGAAGGAUAGCUUAUGGUAAUCUUAUAGGGGGAAAAGAAAAAAUAGAGAAGUCAUAUAUAAGAAAGACGUCAUAUGAGGACAAAAGUAAUGUUAUUUUAAUGAAGUUAUAAGGAAGUCGUAAUAUAAGAAAAUAAUGAAUGAGAAAGUGCCACUAUAUUACAAUAAAAUUGCCCUUAUUUUUUACAAUAAUGUCGUGGGAAAAAGUAAUUUUAUGAAAAUGUAUUCAUAUUAGAAGAAAGGAAAGUAUUAGAAAAAUAUUUCAUGAGAAUAAUGUAAUAAACUUGAUAUGGUAUCAAAAAAACAAAUAUUUUACAUGAAUAAAGUCGUAAUAAUACCAGAAAAAGUUGGAGCGGCAUGGCUUAGGUGGUAGAGUCGUCAUCUCCCAACCUGAAGGUUGCGGGUCCGAUCCUCCGUGAUCGUGUGGAAAUGUCCUUGGGCAAGAUACUGAACCACCAGUUGCUCCUGAUGCACAUCAGUAGGUAAAUGUGCUAGCAGUGUCAAAGCGCUUUGAGUCCCUUGGUGGUGGAAACGUGAAGGACCAUUUACCAUUUGUAAUAUUACAAAGGAAAAAAGUAGCAAUUUUACAAGAAUGUCAUAUUGCAAGAAAAAAGUAGUACUUAUAUUGCGAUAUCAUUAGGAGACCGUAAUGGUCAAACAAUAAAAUAGUCAAAUGCCAACUUUAUUCUUGUAAUAACCCAACCUUUUUUUCUUGGAUUUAUGUAAUUAAUUUGUUGCCCAAGUGCACCUCUGUAGUAAUUACCAACUUGCCCAGCAGGUGGAGCCGCUCCACUCUUAAUUGUGCUUCCAUCCCCUUAUGCAUUGGAAUGUAUGAGGUUAUGCAGAAGUGACAUACAUUGUGGUGGUCUACAACUAUACAUGUCUAGUGUCUUAACGUAGUAAAAUCAGCCAGUAUGCAUCGGAUAGUACCAGGACUGGGGGAUGUUGAGGAUUCCUGAAUGAGAUCUGUGGACUUUGUUUGACUUGUAGUCCUUGUUAAUCAUCUGGUCUGAUGUGCUUCAACAUCUGCUCACAAGCAGACAAGGAAGAGGAACUAGGGAGCGAUUACAGCGCACCAGAUGGCCAUGUGCCCGAGAUUGAAGGAUAGAUUUGUCUCCAAAAAGUAAUUUAGACCACGGGGGCCGUAAUCCAGGCUUGAUGACAGCUGUGAGCACGUGAAGACCACGUCACUGACGCCAUAAGGAAGGACGCGAGUUUGAGUUUGAGCCGCCGUCAUAAACACCAAAAUAUCCUUUGCUAAAAAAACACAUGCAACCAUGUGAGUAAGAUGUGACCUACCUUGUUUGAAAAGGGAUCAACAGGUUGAUAAACGUCCUUAAAUAAAAGUAAUGUUGCACCUGAACCAAAUAAUGCCCCUCAUCAAUUUCCACACUUUUUAAUAAGAACUUUGUUUAUUUCAGCCCUACUGCGCAGAUACUUUUCUAUGCGCACCAGUUCAUCUGAUUUUUACAAAAUGACUGUACAUCACAGUCAAAGUCAGAAUGAUGAUUUAGAUGAAUAUUCAUAAACAACAAUAUUUCACUGACAAAAGCGAGCGAUCGAGGCCUGAUGUUGGCACUUGCUGAGAGGAUGGUGGAGAGCACCAGAGCGAGAACCUUUGCUGGAGAUUGAAUAAUCUACUAAAUUGAUCAGUAAGACAAACUCUCUUCCGCAGAAAUAAUUAAAUUAAAUCAUUUUAUUAUAUUAUAUUCAUAUUUUAUUAUAUAUACUAUCUGCAAACUUAUUUGACUUCCAAACUCAACAGUGUUUUAACUACCUUUUUUUAUUUUUUUUUUGAGGGAGUCGUUACUUUUUCAGCAUUUUAUCAUAAAUUCAGAUUUUGACAUGAAUUAUGGAAACUUUGUUUGGGCCAACAUUAAAUGUAAAGCCAGUUAAAUAAAGUUUUAAAAGUAAUUUAACAUUUGUAAUAUAUAGUACAUUGCCCAUGAAUUAAUUCAAAUCUGAAAGAAUUGUAUUAAAGCAUUUCUUUAUUUCAUGGCUGAUUUUAUACAGUUAAUGUGUUCUAUGUACCGCUAUUUAAUAGUUCUUUUUCUUUUGUUUUUUCUUUUUAUGCAACACACAAGGCUCUGUCAAACUCGCCUAUCAAGAGGUGGCGGGUGGAAUCAGUGAUUUAAUUGGAUAAAUAAAAAGCUCUUUAAAUAUAUGCUCAACAAAAAGAUACACUUUUGUUUUUACUCCCGUUUUUCAUGAGCUGAAAUCAAAGAUCCAAGACUUUCUAUCUGCGUCAUAAUGGUCGUGGAUGAAUGGCUUAGCAACCGGCCUCAGGAUGUCGUCACGGUAUCUCUGUGUAUUCAAAAGGCCAUCAAUAAAACGCACCUGUGUUGGUUGUCCAUAACAUACGCCUGCCCAUACCAUAACCCCACCGCCACCACGGGCCCCUCCAUCCACAACACGGGUAGGGGUACGUCCCCCAUGUUGCAAGGAUGUGUAUACAAUUCCUGGAAGCUGACAUGGCACGUCACCCACUGAGCAUGUUUGGGAUGCUCCGCAUUGGCGUACCGUAUUCGGUAUUUGAGGCAAAUGGUGCUCACACCGGAUACUGACUAGUUUUUGGACCCCUUAAAUACAAUCAUUUAAAAUAUUUCAUAGUUGAAUGAAUUAAUAAACAAGUGAAUAAGUUACUUCACAUACUGAAUUAUUUCAUAUUUAAUGGCUCUUGUCACAAAAAUGAUGCUGAAAGCAAAGCAUGGAAGAGUAGUCAGUAACGUGCUGCAUUCACAGUCACCUUGUCACACUUUCUUUUGAAAUAACGCUUUAUUAUUUCCCCUCUGUGUGUGUGCUAUACUUUUUAAUGCCAUUGAUACCUAUCUGUAUGUGUGCUCUAUAGUGUGGCUUGUGUUCCUGUAUUUGUCACAUUUCUUUAUUUUCAUUUUGUCUGUCUCUUUGUAAUAUCGAUACUUGAAAGUGUGAAACUGCUGAAUAUUUGUUUGCUAAUAUGAUUCUUUGUUAUUAUUAUGAUCACUAUUAUUAUUGGAGGUUUGCAGUGCUUGUCCUCACACCGUGUAUUUACUUACUUGAAGAGUUGAUGUAAACUUUCAUUUGGCUUCCUUCUCGUAUGGCUUCUGCUCCGAUGCCGCCUUCGCUGUACAGGCCAGGCUACCUACAGUACCUCCAGUACUUACCUGCGGAUGCAAUCAGCUACCACUAAUGGAGAUCAUGUGUUUUGUUACAAUAAAUACAUACAUGUA